AUCACUCGUUGCUGCCAUUUUGGUUCGUAUUGUCGUCGUGUCUGAAAUUAGUAUUAAUUUUUUCUCAUUGCUCAGAGAAAAGAUUAAAUUAUAGUGUGACACAUCAUAUAUUUAAUCCAUAUCACUCAACGUGCAUUGUUCUUACCAAAACAAGCCCGCUUGGUCAAACGUUUUCUCAAAAGCAGGUUUAUUUACAUUUCCUGAAAUCAGCUGCAAGUUAAAAUGAGUGAAACUGCAUUGAAAUUUGGACCUGAGUGGAUCCGAGCUCUGUCAACUGGUUCUUCAUCUGCACCAACUUCAACAUCUAUGCCGAUGCCUAGGUAUAGCUUAGCUGAAUUUCGGUACGGCCGUGAGGAGAUGUUGGCUUUAAUGCCCAAAGACAUCAAGAUGCCAAACUGUUUGAGGCACUUUCCACUGCUUAUUCGAGAAAAUUUCCAGAUACCUUUAGCACUCACUCCUGUAACAGAAGAAGAACAGCGUCUUUGGAGCAGUAGGUCUGUGAACAGCGAUCUAGCAUUCAGAGCUUCAGGAAAAACAGGGCCUGGGUAUAGCAUGCAUAGAACUGGUAGGGGAGGAUCAGUUGAUAGAGGGAGAGGCAGAGGGCGUGGAGGUUACUAUCAAAGAAAUUUGAUACACGAUGAUGCAGAUGAGGGCUUAUCCUUCGCACGUCCAAAACCAGUUGAAAGAAGUUUGAGUGCAAGUGAAAAAGAUCAUCGUUGGGAUGAUAGGGAUCGAAGAUAUGAUCGUCCAUUUUCAGGGCGAGGAGGCUUUGAUGACACCAACGUGAAACACGACAUGCGUGGACCAAAUGAGUACUGGAGGAAGGUGGACAAAGAUGAUGAUGGAGAUUGGCGUUCGUCUGGGUUUCGUUCAUCAGAUAAAUCUGGUGGCAGAGGAGCCUGGCGUAGUAACUCAGAAAGAGAUAGAAGGGACAUACCUGAAAGGAUACCUCCAAGUCGCAGCAACAGUGGAAAUAUUAGAGGUGUUUCUGGACCUCAGUCUAAAUCAAACAAUCAUUCAUCAUCAUGGAAAGAAGACAAUUCAAGUAAAUUACCUGAAUGGAGUGUUGAAGAAACUACGGAACCAGAUACCGUUGGGACAUUUGACUCCAGUGGUGCAUUUUUAGAAACAAAGGUCUCCCCAAAUACAAGUUUAGAUGAAAUAUAUGCCUCAGAUGAUGCUGAUGAAGGGAUAUCUAAACAAGAUAGCCCAGAAGCAAAGAAAGAUACCUCAAGGAAGUCUUCGAAAAAGUCAAGUAAUUCACCUAACAUUAAACAGACUUCUGAUCAGAAGAAUGUAAAUUCUCCUGGUGUUAGUAGAAACAGUGACGAAGUAUCAUUGCAAAAGAAAUUUGAAACCUCUAAAACUAACUCCUCUGAUUCCAAAAGCAGUGUUGAACAGUCCACAGAAAAUGUGAUAAAACAAAGUACUACUAAUGUGGAAAAGCUAACUCCUGUUGAAACAAAAACAGACUUUAUGUCUGUUACCCAACCAAAUGUGCCUACUAGUGUUUCUGAACCUUUGAAAAUGGAAAGUGUUAUUUUAAAUAGUAAUGUCAGAAACUCAGAAAAACAUGUCAUGUCGGCAGCAGGAGCAACAUCAGAGGAAGAUGCAUUUGCUUAUCAUCAAAAAGCCACCGAAAAUAUGGUCGCACAAUGGACAGAAGAAAUUGAGGAGCAACGUGUUCCUUCUCAGACAGAUACCAUUCAUUCUACACAUCUUGAGAAAGACAUCAAGUGGUUCUAUCAAGAUCCACAAGGGGAUAUUCAGGGUCCGUUUACUCCCCAAGAAAUGUUAGAAUGGUAUAGUGCAGGUUACUUUACUGAUUCUUUAAUGGUACGAAGAACUUGUGAUGAAAAGUUUUCAAAACUUGGUGAUUUGUUGGAAGUUUGGGGCUGUAUUCCUUUCUUACCUGAUAAUAAUCCACCACCUAUUAGACUUACCUCUACGAUAGGAGGUCCUGUCACUCAAACCGUUGUGCCUAACCCUGUUACAGCUGCUACCUCCAACCAACUACCUAAACAGGAUGAGCAAUUAUUGGCUUUACAACAACAGCAAUAUAUGCAACAUCAAAUACUACAGCAACAGUUGUUAAUUAAGCAAGCUCAACUUCAACAAAUUAUUGCUCAACUGAGUAAGCAGGAAUCUUUCACAAGCUUAACAAACCAACAGCAAGAGCAAAUAGUCACACAACAGUACUUAUCUCAACAAAUCCUGAGGUCUAAUAUGAAACCAGUACCCGAUAAGCUAAAUCUACUAGGCUCAGUAAAUCCUCUUUCAUUGCCUCUUCUUGGUUUACCAUUACCUGGAAUGAUGAAAUCUAUGUGGCCUGGAGCACCUGCUUCAGAUACAUGGUCACUACCACCUGGACCUCCUGGUGGAAGUAUUUGGGAUGUUGACUUAUCAAAACCAAGUCCUAAUGAAUCAGAAAAGAUGAAAAUGCUUGAGGAGCAAGAAAAGAAACGUAAAGCCGAGGAACUGAGAUUACAACAAGAAAGAGAGGCAGAAGAAAAAAGAUUGGAAGAACUCAGACGGCAAAAAGAAGAGGAGGCUAGAAUUCUUCAAGAACUUAAAAAACAAGAAGAGGAAAGAAAGAGAUUAGAAGAAUUGCAAAGACAAAGAGAAGAAGAACAGCGAAGGCAAGAAGAAUUGAAACGCUUAGAAGAACAAAAGCGACGAGAAGAAGAAGAAGAACGAAAAAGGCAGGAAGAGUUGAGAAGGCAAGAAGAGCAGAGGAAAAAAGAAGAACAGAUGCGAUUAGAGGAGCUUAAGAGACAAGAAGAACAAAGAAGAUUGGAAGAGAAAAAGAGGCAGGAGGAAGAAAAGAAAAGGCAAGACGAACUGAAAAGGAUAGAGGAACAGCGUAAACAAGAAGAAUUGCGAAAACAACAGGAACUUCGUAAACUGGAAGAAAAAAGAAAGAAAGAAGAAAUGCAGAAAAAAAUUCAGAUGGAAAAAGAAAGAGAAAAACAAGCAGAAAUCGAACGCCAAAAAGAAGCUUUACGACAAAAAGAGAUGGAGAGGGAAGAAAAAUUGAGGAAGGAGAAAGAAAGAAAAGAAAAGGAAGAAGAAGAUAUGAGACGAUUAGCUGAGCUCAAAAUAAAAUCUCAGGGUCCAGUCUGGGGUAUUCAAAACUCUCAAACAAAUAUGCAACUUUCUCUAGCAGAUAUACAGAGGCUUCAAGAAGAAAAAGAACGAGAAGAAAGAGAAGAGAAAGCAAGGCAGCAACUUCUACAACAACAGGCUGCUAAACAAUUACAGCAAAAUAAAAAUGGACUGAGCUGGGCAAAGAGAGCAAAUGAUUCUCAACCUGCCGUGAAGUCUCUUGCUGAAAUACAACAAGAAGAAGCAGAACGAUUGGCUAAAUUGAAUCGUGUGCAAAAGCCCCCAGCACCUGCACCAACUGUAAAUUCAAAUGCUGGUGUCUGGGGCAAUUCUAGUCAUCUAAAUAAAAUAACUGCAGCUCCUACCACUUGGAACCUGAACAAUGUUUCUUCUGCAAACAAUGUUGGAACUGGUGGAUUUUGGGAUGAUGCUCUCAACAGUACCCAAACUAGGAAGCAACCUACUAAAGCCAAUUCCAGUGACAGUGCCUUCCCUGCUUUAGCGAAUCCUGUGCAACCUGCCAAUGUUAGUAGCAACAAGGGUAAAAAUGUCCGAGCCAAAAAAGAUGAGGAUGCUGUGACAAGAUUAUUUGUGUCUCAUCACAAGCCCACCGAUGAAUUCACUAAGUGGUGUACCGAAGCAAUCUCGUCCAUGCCCUCAUCUGUAGAUGUUCCUACUUUUGUUGCAUUCUUAAAAGACAUUGAAUCUCCUUAUGAGGUGUACGAUUAUGUGAAAUCAUAUUUUGGAGAGGGCAAGGAGCCUAGGGAGUUUGCAAAGCAGUUUUUAGAAAAAAGAAGCAAGUAUCGUAACCAAGCAAAGCAAGCACCAUCUGAGGAUAAUACAUUAUGGGGACCAGCACCAGCCAUCACACCUACUGUAAAUAAAAAUCCAACGCCAACAACUAACGAAAAUGAUGGUGGCUCGAAUAUGAAAGGGAAAAGCAAAAAGAAAAAAGGCAAGAUGCAGAAAUUAGAUAGUUCAAUGCUUGGUUUUACUGUCCAGUCAAACCCUGACCGGUUGAAUGUUGGUGAGAUUGAUCACAUUGAAAAUAUAUGAAAUCUACAGCCGCCAAGAAACCGAGUUUAAAAAGAAAAAGUAAAAAAACUGUACAUUCAGGUGCUGCAAAGUGUUUUAACUUCUUUUAUUAUCAAAGAAGAAAACAGUUUCAGUCAAAACAAUGUGAUAUAUGUAAAAAGUAAAUGAAAUUGAAAUUAAUAACCAGCCAUGUAGAUUGUGAUAAAUAAAUAAAAUGAAUAAUUGUACAAUAACUCAAUUGAUACAUCUUAAAAUGGAAUUUGCCAAUAAAAGAAGUAUUUAUUUAUUGAAAAAAAAGAUUGUUUUAAAAGAAAGCAUUGCAAGUGAGGAAAGCAUUGAAUUUGUAAAGGGCAAUGUUGAGUUGAAACAAUUAUAUUAACCCUUGUAUAAAUUUGUUGUCAAAGUACUCACUUUGGCUCAAUUUGUAGACAAUGUAAAUAAAUUUAUAUGCUUGCAGCAUAA